UGCUUUUGAUUGAUUUCAUACUUCUGAAGUAAAUGCCCCUCAAAGUUCUGGAAAGUUAAUCACUGUUGGUCGAUUUACUGUUAUGACUGUAGAUGCUCUACAAUUGGUGCUAUUAUCAUGACACCCCUCCUUACUAAGCUUCUUGCUGGUCAGCUUGUUCCGGUCGAUGCAGCAGGCCUUGCUAUCAGCACUUUUCAGGUUGUCCUGGUGCCAACUGUUGUUGGAGUGUUGUCAAAUGAGUUUUUCCCCAAGUUCACUGCACGAAUAGUCACAGUCACACCGCUGAUAGGGGUUAUCCUUACAACCUUACUUUGUGCGAGCCCAAUUGGGCAAGUUUCUGAUGUAUUGAAGGCUCAGGGAGCACAACUAUUACUUCCUGUAGCUCUCCUACAUGCUGCUGCAUUUGCUCUUGGUUAUUGGCUUUCAAGGGUAUCAUUUGGUGAAUCCACUUCCCGUACUAUUUCUAUUGAAUGUGGGAUGCAGGUAUGCGUCUCCAAAUAUUUCUUAUCGUCAUUUUUUUAAUCAUGACUUAUAAAG